UUAUUAUCAAACUUACCAACUAUUUUGUUAAAACAUAGAAUACAAGUAAAUUUGAUAUGAUGAUAAUACUUGCAUAAUCUUUGUUCUUGUCUAGUUGUAUAUAUAUUUUGCUUGGGUAUCGGCCCAUGAGAUUUGGAAGUGGGUUUUAAUAUCGGCCCAACUUAUCUACAAACCAGUGUACAAAACCCUAAACACCUUAACCCUAAAUACAACACAUACAUUCCUCCUCGCAGCGAUUCUAGAGACGGAGGCGUAGGGCUUGAGAGAAAGCAAGAGAGGUGAGAAAAUGGUGUCAGGAUCGGGAAUAUGCGCAAAGGAGGUGGUUGUUGAUGCUCGCCAUCACAUGCUUGGCCGGUUAUCGUCUAUUCUGGCUAAAGAACUUCUCAACGGCCAGAGAGUCACCGUCGUUAGAUGUGAAGAAAUCUGUCUUUCCGGCGGCCUUGUUCGUCAGAAAAUGAAGUACCUCCGUUUUCUUCGUAAGCGUAUGAACACCAAGCCGUCUCACGGUCCUAUCCAUUUCCGUGCUCCUUCUAAGAUCCUCUGGCGUACCAUCCGAGGAAUGAUUCCACACAAGACUAAGCGUGGAGCUGCUGCUCUUGCAAGGUUGAAGGUUUAUGAAGGGGUUCCUACUCCUUACAACAGGAAGAAGAGAAUGGUCAUCCCUGAUGCUCUCAAGGUUUUGAGGUUAACAGCUGGACAUAAGUACUGCUUAUUGGGCCGUUUAUCUUCUGAGGUCGGAUGGAAUCAUUAUGAAACCAUCAAGGAUCUUGAGAAGAAGAGGAAGGAAAAGGCUCAAGUGGUGUAUGAGAGGAAGAAGCAGCUUAAUAAACUGCGUGCAAAGGCAGAGAAGGCUGCAGCAGAGAAACUUGGGCCACAACUUGAGAUCCUUGCCCCUGUUACCUACUAAAGGUUUUCAUCUUAGUUUCUGUCUAGGAAUUUUUGUGUUUGAUGCUGGAGACUAUUUAUAUCUUUAUUUGCAAUAUGAGAAUUUAUCGUGUUUCAGAUUUAAUUUUGUGGAAUCAAAUGUUUUUGUUCAAAUUUCUGAUACUUGGUUUUGCAAAAAAAAUGAAGACAUUUUGAAAUCUUGUGCUGAUUAGUUUUUUUGACCGACU